ACAAUGCGCGUUCACAGAGGACUACGGAAGCGUGGGGCGGAGAGAGCCGGUAUUAAGCAGGUAGGCGCUUGGCUUAGGAUCGUAUUGCUUUUGCUCACCACCAAGGGACGACAUUGUGACCGAUCUCAUCGAUCCAAGACAUUUUUCCAGUCCAGCAGAGGAGCGGCGGCGCGCCUCCACAUUUGAGCCUCUCAGAAUGGGCAAUCUGGCCUUGUGCACAGGUCUCUUUAAGGCUGACAUGGAUCAACAUGACAGAGAAGAGAGGUUCAUAGCCAAGAGGAUCACCAAAGGGAUAACAUAUUAUUAUACUCCUGUCCCAGCUGCAAGCCCCUCCACACUGUGCCCUGCCAAAGACUUUCCAAACUGCACUGCCUCCCCCUCCUCACCCACAGCUCUGCCCCACACACACUCUUCUCCAGCAGAUCCCUCAUGCCCUCCUUUGCUUUCAGAUCCAUUGACACACACACUUCUCUCCUCACAAAAUGAAUCUGAUUGCACCUGUGCUCCGCCUCCUCUUCUGGUCCUCUUCACCUGGCUGGGUGCCCAGCCAGGGCCUGUGGCUAAGUACAGGGACCUUUACCUGGACCACCACAUGGACGUCCUCGUGGUUCAAAGCAGUGUAAUGCACUUCUUAUGGCCUCGGUGGGGGCUUGAAUACGGGUUGGAGGUUCUCAAGGUUCUGGAGGGACCUCAGUUCUCUCGGAGGUCUGUUCUUGUCCAUGCCUCCUCCAUUGGUGGCUACACUUUCUCUCAGAUACUCACUCACAUCGCACAGCAUCCAAAAAAGCACGGCGCCCUGGCUCAGAGGGUGAUAGGGCACAUCUACGACAGCUUGGUGGUUGGUACUCUGGAGCAUAUGGCAGUAGGCCUGGGUAAGACACUGGUACCAUGUUUGGAAGGGCUGGUGAAAAACACCGCCUUGCUCUACUUCUGGCUCUUCAAAUCCCACACUGCUGACUUUUACAAAAACAGCAUUCAGAUUUUCCACAACAGUCCCAUCACCACACCAGCUCUAUUCUACUUCAGCGAAAAUGACGCCUUGUGCGACCCAGUAAUGAUGGAAAAGAUUAUCGACCUGUGGAGGAGAAGGGGCGUCGCUGUACAGAGCAGGAAGUGGAAGGAGUCAAUCCAUGCAGCCCACAUGAGAUGCCACCCGGACGACUACCUGUCAGCGCUGGAAAAAUACUUGAACUCACUACCAAAGGCCUCCUUUAGAGCAAAAAUGUAAACGGUACUUGCACACCAGGGACUAAAAGCCUGAUUUGACUGAAUAUUUAAAGCUGCACAAAGUUUCAAAUAGACCUAAAAUAAUCCAGUUAUUGCAUCAGUUAUAAAGGAAUGCUUUUUCCUUAUUUUGUCUUGUUUCAGUGAUAUUUCUGGAGUAUGUUUUUUCCUGUUCUUAUAAGCACUUGUUUGACUUGUGUAUUUAUCUUUAAAAUUAUACUUACGGUAUAUAUUACUAUUUUAAAGCUGCAAUGUGACGCUCAUUUCAGACUGGAACUGCUGAUCUCAAAUGUCUGGUUUUGCACCUUCAGUGAAAUAAAACAUUGAAAGACAAAUUGUGAA